AACCCAAAAAAACGAAUCAGCGUGUUUUUAACUUCUUUUCAUUUUUUUUAUUAUCAGAGUGUGUAAUUUUACGUUUGUAUUUUCAUUCGUUUCAUGUUACCCGUGUGGCACAUAUAAUAAAAAUAUAUAACGCAUAUAGAGACCACGCGAUUUUAUUUCUUUUACCACAUUUUUUUUUGAAGAAGAAGAUUAUUUCCUUUGUGUUUCGGUUGUGUGUCUGUGUUUAUUGUUUGUUUCAAACGACAACCAUAUUAAUUGGUUAUUGUCAUAACCAGUAAAAAAAAUUCAAUUUAAUUUCCGUUCGAUUAUUAUAAAAUAUUCAUAUUUUUUUAUUCAUUCUUACCAUCACUCGAAAUUUUUUUUCCAAAUCAUUCCUUGACGACCGUUAUAAAUAUACGUUUUUUUAAAAUUAAAUUAUCAUAAAUAAAAGAUAAAAUGAGCAAAGAUAUGCAAGUUACUGAAAGUGGCCAAGAUCUUGAAUUGGUUGCAGCAGAUGGCCAACCAAACACACCAUUGGUAAUGGCAUUAAAAAAACUAACAUUGGAACGUAUUGCAUUAGAAAUUGAAAUGAAUAAGAAAAUAUUUCAAACUGAAUUAGAAUAUCAGGAACGUUUUAAAGAAUUUAAUGAAAAAAGACGUAUGAUUGUUGCUGGUGAUUAUGUACCCACCGAAGAUGAAUGUAAAUAUCAAUAUGCUGAUUCAGAGGAUCCUGUUGUUGAAUCAAAAGAAAAAGGAAUACCAAGAUUUUGGUCAACCAUAUUUGCUAAUCUUGAUUUAUUGACUGAUAUGAUACAUGAUCAAGAUAAAAAAGUCAUAACAAUGAUUACUGAUAUUCGAUGUGUAUUAAUGGACAAUCCAAUGGGAUAUCGAUUGGAAUUUGAAUUUGCCGAUAAUGAAUAUUUCAGCAAUAAAGUUCUUACAAAAGAAUAUUAUUAUGCCGAUGGUUUUGAUCCAACUGAUCCAUUGGGUUAUGAUUCUCUUUAUGUAAAUCAUUGUAAAGGAUGUAAAAUUGAUUGGAAAUCUCCUGAAAUGAAUUUGACUGAGAAAAAAGUUCCGAAAAAAAUGAAACAUCGUAGCAGUAAUCAAGUGAAAACAGUUGAGAAAGUGGAAAAAGCUGAUUCAUUUUUCAAUUUUUUCAGUCCACCUGAUGAAAAAAUUGAAGAAGCUGAUGAAGAUACUAAAGAAUUAUUGGCAAGCGAUUUUGAUAUUGGCGAAACGUUCCGUUUGAAUAUUGUACCUAGAGCCAUUAUUUAUUAUACUGGUGAAGGUAUCGACAAUGCAUGGGAUGAGGAAGAUGAUUUUGAUGUUGGUGAUUUUGACGAAGAUGAAGAAUUUGAUGAAGACGAAGAAGAUGAAGAUGAGGAAGAAGAAUUAGAAGAAGAUGAUGGCGAUAAACAUAAAUCAACAACUGGCCAUACACAGAAUAAAAGAUCACUAAAAGCUAAAGGUGCGCAAAAUGGUCUUCAUGGUAGACAUUCUAAUAAACCACAUAAAGGCCAUGCUAAAGAUAAAGAGGUUCCCCCUGAAUGUACUACACAAUAAACAUGAUUCGGUGUUUAGGGAAAAAAACAGACCUAAGAGAAAAAAUAGCAAGAUAUUUUUGAUUUUUAACAUUCUAUUCAAACAUACUAAAAGAAUUUUUUUUCUUCCAUUGAAUUUUCCAUAUUAAAGCAGCAUUCAUUGAAAGAUUA